UUUCAGAGUGAUUCACAAACAGAGAGUCAUCGGAGAGCUGCAUUCAUCGUGAUCAAUAAGAGCUUCCAACUUCUUUCCUUCUUUUCUAUUCCAUACAAAGACAAAAUGAUCAGAACACAUUUCUUCCUGCUUUCAGCACUGAUCAUGUGCAGCAUACCUGCUGAGGAAAUCUUCCAGCCAGCUCUAGUGCUGGACAUGGCUAAAGUCCUUCUGGAUAACUACUGCUAUCCUGAAAACCUAGUAGGAAUGCAAGAAGCCAUUGAACAAGCGAUAAAGAGCGGGGAGAUCCUGGACAUCUCAGAUCCAAAAAUGCUGGCCAGUGUCUUGACAGCUGGAGUGCAGGGUGCUCUGAAUGACCCAAGACUAGUGAUCUCGUAUGAGCCAUCACUGCAUGCAGCUCCCAAAGAAGAAGCUGAGGCUUCCCCAACUCGUGAACAACUCCUGAGUCUUAUUGAGCAUGUGGUCAUGUAUGACAAGCUGGAGGGCAAUGUUGGCUACCUAAGGAUCGAUUAUAUCAUAGGACAGGAAGUUGUGCAGAAAGUUGGAGCUUUUCUGGUGGACAAGGUGUGGAAGACGCUGACAGAGACAUCUGCUCUCGUGAUAGAUCUUCGUCACAGCACUGGGGGACAGAUUUCUGGCCUCCCCUUCAUCAUCUCAUACUUGCAUGAAGCAGACAAGAUGCUGCAUGUUGAGACUGUAUACAAUCGACCUUCCAACACCACCACAGAGAUAUGGACACUGCCAAAGGUGUUGGGAGAGAGGUACAGCAAAGAUAAGGAUGUCAUUGUUUUGAUCAGCCGCCACACCACAGGAGUGGCUGAAGAUGUGGCUUACAUCCUCAAGAACAUGAACAGGGCUAUCACUGUUGGGGAGAAGACAGCUGGGGGCUCACUGGACAUCCAGAAGCUGCGUAUUGGCCCUUCCAAUUUCUAUAUGAUGGUUCCUGUAUCACGAUCUGUGAGCCCCUUGAGUGGAGGUGGACAGAGCUGGGAGGUGAAUGGGGUGAUGCCAUGUGUGUCUACUGAGGCAGAGCAAGCCUUGCAGAAAUCCCUAGACAUCCUGGCAGUGCGCAGAGCAGUGCCUGACACCCUAAGGCACCUCACAAACAUAUUAAAGGACUAUUACAGCUUAGUGGAGAGAGUGCCAGCGCUGCUCCAGCACCUGAUCACCUCUGACUUCUCUUCUGUGCGGUCAGCAGAGGACCUGGCCACCAAGCUCAACACUGAGAUGCAGACCUUAUCUGAAGACCCCCGCCUAUUGGUCCAAGUCCUGAUGCCAGGUAAAGUUGCUGCCCCCCCUGCUGAGAGGCCAAUUGCAGUGGCAGCCAAUUUACCUGACAAUGAGCAACUGCUGCAUGCCUUGGUGGAUACUGUCUUCAAGGUGUCAGUGUUGCCAGGCAAUGUCGGCUACAUGCGCUUCGAUGAGUUUGCAGAUGCCUCUGUGCUUGCUAAGCUGGGACCUUACAUUGUCCAUAAAGUGUGGGAGCCUCUCCAAAAUACAGAGAACUUGAUCAUGGACCUGCGUUACAACCCUGGGGGCCCUUCCUCCUCUGCUGUGCCUGUGCUACUCUCCUAUUUCCAGGAUCCUGCUGCUGGCCCUGUCCAUCUCUUCACAACGUAUGACAGGCGCACCAACCAAACACAGGAGCACAACAGCCAGGCAGAACUGCUGGGCCAAUCCUACGGGGCUCAGCGUGGCAUCUACCUGCUCACCAGUCACCACACUGCUACAGCUGCUGAGGAGUUUGCUUACCUCAUGCAGUCCCUGGGCCGUGCCACAGUGAUCGGUGAGAUCACAGCAGGAAGCCUCUUACACAGCCGCACCUACCCUCUUCUGCAGCCUGGGCAGGGAAUAACCCAUGGCCUAACUGUCACAGUUCCUGUUAUCACCCUCAUUGACAACCAUGGGGAAAGCUGGAUGGGCGGAGGAGUUGUUCCUGAUGCCAUAGUGUUGGCUGAGGAUGCACUGGAGAAGGCUGAAGAGGUGCUAGCUUUCCACAAGAACAUGGGAGUACUUUUGGAGGGUACUGGGCAACUCCUAGAGGCUCACUAUGCCAUCCCAGAAGUGGCUGGUAAGGCCAGGGCUAUGCUCAGCACCAAACGGGCCCAUGGAGGUUAUCGAUCAGCUGUAGACUUUGAGACAUUGGCUUCCCAGCUUACCAGUGACUUGCAGGAGGCCUCAGGGGAUCAUCGGCUUCAUGUCUUCCACAGCCAUGUGGAACCAACACCAGAAGAACAGUUUCCCAACAUGAUUCCCAGCCCCAAGGAGCUGAGCUACAUUAUUGAGGCACUCUUCAAAAUUGAGGUAUUGCCAGGCAACCUGGGCUACCUUCGCUUUGAUAUGAUGGCUGAGGCAGAAACAGUGAAGGCCAUUGGGCCUCAGCUGGUGCAGAUGGUAUGGAACAAGCUGGUGGACACAGAUGCCAUGAUUAUUGACAUGAGGUACAACACAGGUGGUUACUCCACUGCCAUCCCAAUACUUUGUUCCUACUUCUUUGAGCCUGAGCCUCGGCAACACCUCUACACUGUCUUUGAUCGUAGCACCUCCCGCAGCACAGAGGCGUGGACUCUCCCCCAAGUCAUCGGCAAGAGGUACGGCUCCCUCAAGGAUAUCUACAUCCUAACAAGCCAUAUGAGUGGCUCAGCAGCUGAAGCUUUCACUCGCUCUAUGAAGGAUCUACACCGGGCCACAGUUAUUGGUGAGCCCACAGUAGGUGGUUCCCUCUCAGCUGGCAUUUAUCGUGUUGCUAACAGUUCCCUGUAUGCCUCCAUCCCCAGUCAAGUGGUGCUCAGCCCAGUCACUGGCAAAGUAUGGAGUGUGUCUGGGGUGGAACCACACAUCACCAUCCAGGCCAGUGAAGCCAUGGCUGUAGCUCAGCACAUUGCUAAUCUGCGUGCCCAGGUGCCACAGACACUGCAAACUGUAAGCAAGCUUGUGGCAGAUAAUUAUGCUUUUGUGGAUAUUGGGACUGUUGUAGCAUCUAACCUCACCAAGAGCUUCAACAAAGACAAUUAUAAAAGGAUUAAUACAGAAGAGGAGCUAGCCAGGAAGGUGACUGCCAAGUUGCAAGCUCUUUCUGAUGACAAGCACCUCAAAUUACUCUACAUUGCUGAACAGGCCAAGGACAGCAUCCCAGGGAACAUGCCAAAACAGAUCCCUUCCCCAGAAGUAUUUGAAGAUCUGAUUAAAUUUUCAUUCCACACAAAUGUAUUUGGAAACAACAUCGGCUAUCUGAGAUUUGAUAUGUUUGGAGACUGUGAACUUCUAACCCAGGUGUCUGACCUACUGGUAGAGCAUGUUUGGAAGAAAAUUGUUCACACAGAUGCAUUAAUCAUAGACAUGAGGUACAAUAUUGGAGGCUCCACCACUUCCAUAGCAAUUCUAUGCUCAUACUUCUUUGAUGAAGGACGCCAAAUUCUCUUGGACAAAGUUUAUGACAGGCCCAGUGACUCAGUAAAGGAAAUAUGGACCCAGCCACAGGUCAAAGGGGAGAGGUAUGGCUCUCAGAAGGGGCUAAUAAUCCUUACCAGUGCUGUGACAGCUGGGGCUGCUGAGGAGUUUGUAUACAUAAUGAAGAGGCUGGGCAGAGCUCUCAUCAUUGGAGAACAGACCAGUGGUGGGUGCCAUUCCCCGCAGACAUAUCAAGUAGAUGAUACCAACUUCUACAUCAUCAUCCCCACCUCCAGAUCGGUUACCCAAGAGAGCACUGCUUGGGAAGGGAAAGGGGUGCCUCCUCACAUGGAAACACCAGCUGAAACUGCACUCAUCAAAGCAAAGGAGAUGCUCAGUGCUCACCUGCACAGCUCUAGAUAGCCCAGUGGGGGAACAUGCCCCUAGUUCUUAGGGAAAGCAAGCUACCUCCCCAAAUGUAAACCCUAGAAAGGAGUGGGAAUGUAAUUUCAGUCUCUACGGUCGGUGAUUUGUUCCUCAUGAUGACUUUUUUACCCUGUUCUGUGGAACCCAGCUCUUUCUGGACAUGGUUGAGAUACUUGUAUAAUUCUGGGGCUUCUGGAUUCCUCUUCUGUAAAUGUUAGUUGUUGCAGUGUCUAUUUUUAAGAUUUAGCUCACUUAAAUCACAGAUUUCCUUCAGUCCCUUAGAAAAUCACAGCUGUCAGUGUUGAAGGCAUGGAAGUCACCUCAAAACAUUUAUGCAAAGAUAGAAAAGGCACUUCUGUUCUUUUGGAAAUUGUGUACAUUCAUAUUUAUACAUCUUAAAGAAGAAUUAACAGUAGUUGAGAGUGUGUUUUCCAAACUGCAAGAGCUUAAUUAAGCCUCGUCCCCAUUUCAUCAUUUAGAAGUACCAAAAAUAACCAUUCCUAGUCUGUCGGGGUUGACCAGACUCCUGGUAUUUCUUAGGUACAUGCCUGCUUCUCCCCUAGUAUCUGGCAAAGGGAGUGGGAAUGAGCAGGAGAAAGGUAGUAGUACAUUGACUCUUUCACCCAUUGCUUAGAUAACAGACUCAGGGAAAAGAAUCAUAUGUUUUUACUUAAGGCUAAAAACAGAUUUCUGUGUGUCCUGCCCCAAAGACAAAAAGAAAGCAGAGAAAUAUCCUUUACACCCUGCUAACAAGCUAAGUAUUAAGUAAUAGUGUAUUCCAGGGCAACUAACAGUUAUUGGUGCAAGCUUAAUCAAUGCAUAACAUUCCUUUUUUACAGUUCUUAUCUAACCGUCUGUCUUUGUCAUUAUUUAGAAAUACAUAUAACUGUAAUCUAGAUCUCAAAAAUUCUCAUCUCUACAAAAUGCAGCUGUAAGGUAAUUAAGUUAGGAAAAUGGUCCCCUGACAUUUAGUCUGUAGUAGUUACACAUUGCUGUUCGCUUGCUCAUUUGUAAGUUACUGCCAUUUUGUUUAAUGAAUCAUGUUUAAACACCUGACUGCAGAGAAUCUCUUUCAGUAUUUACAGGAAAAUGAUUUUACCAACCAGAUAGACUUUCCAUCUUUUUUACUAUUUGUUUGUCUUACCAACUACACUCAGUGUGAUCACUAACUUGGACUCUUCUGAGUCAUUUUCAUGUUCUGAUAUUUGUGCAUUAACUAGCUGUUGAACUUCUCAGUGUUGUGAAAAAUACUUAAAUUAAUUAAACUCAAUGAAUUAACUCAUACAGAAUUUUGUGUAAAGU